GCCCGCGCGCCGCCCCGCUGAGACGUCACUGACGUGCGCCGCCCACGUGACGUCACUGACGUGCGCCGCCCACGUGACGUCACUGCUGCGCGCCGGGCAACGGUUGCCAUGGAGGCGGCGAGGAAACGUGGAGAGGAGGAGGAGAUGGAGGAAGAAGAAGAAGAAGAAGAAGAAAAAGAAGAAGAAUGGUUGCUGCAAUCCCUGCACAUGUACGAGGCUCUGCACGCCUUCGAGCUCCAGGCUCCCACCCGAGUUAUCGAAUGGGCCCUGGGGAAACGUGUCUGCGUGGCCGGGUACGAAUGCUCUGGAAGGAAUGAGAUCCUGCAACUGCUGCCACCACCAACACUGCAAGCAAAGGAGAAUCAGGGUCUGUGUCCCCAGAGAGAUUUCAAGGUGGAAUGCGGAGGGUUCUCAAACCGCCCUGUGUACAACCUGAAACACGUGCCAGGCACCAGCCUGCUGGUGACGAGCGGCCCGCCCGACAGCUCCCUGCAGGUUUGGCAGAUGGCAGCAGAAGAUUCUGAUGUGCUUCAAUCUAUAAGCGCCAUCUCGACCGAAAAUGGCACUGAUGAGAGCUGGGCCAAAAUCGCCACCAUUUCAGCCAGAUCCCCGUGGGUCCUUCAUGGCUCAAGGCUCAGCAGCACCCGGAUCACAGAGGUGGAGUCGCAGAAGGAGGUGUACAGAGCAGCCUCCAGCAGCAGCGAGGAGCUCAGCAGCCUGGCCUUCCUGGAUGCCAACACGUUGGUGCUGUGCUGCGCGGCGGGGCGGCUGUGCGUGGCCGAUAUUCGGCAGCGCGGCCCCUUGCAGGCUCUGCUCAUCCCCUCGGCGCAAUGCGGGCGCUGCUGGCGCGUGGCGGUCGGCUGCUCUGAGCCGAGCUCCCGGCCCAUUGCCUGCCUCUCAAGCACAGGGCAGCUGGUCCUGAUGGACGUAAGGAAAACCUCGUCGUGUUUGGCUUCAGCUCAGUGCAAAGUUCCACCAUCCGGCUCCAGCGCUGAGUUCCUGUGCGUCACCUGGGCUCCCGCUCUGGAAGGUUGCCUUGCUGUUUCAGGCUUCGACGGCGCUGUGCACGUCUACGACACGCGCAGCUGGGAUGGCAGCGGGGCCGAAGCGCAGCCCCUCUUUGUGCACCGAGGCCACGCGUUUGGGGGGCGCCCCUCGGUGACGGCGCACGCCUGGCACCCCCAGAAACCCAGAACCCUGCUGUCGGCGGCCACCGACGGCUCCUUGCACAUCUGGGAUUGGGUUCAGCCUCCGGGUUGCUGAGGGCGGCUGCCGCUUUGGGGUUUUCCUGCCCGCGCUCCCAUGGCCUGCAGGUGGUGACAGGAGCUGUGGUGGCACGGAACAGGGAUUCCUUGGGCCAGUUCCUUGGCGAUGCUCUG